UUUGUAAAAGCCAAAUGCGUGACGACAUAUUUCAAAAGGUGCACAAGGUUAUGUCCCUUUUCAAGCAGUGCACCACCAUGAAAGAGGUAAAGCAAACCCAUGGCCAUAUCAUCCGUAAUGGGGUCGAUCAAAACCCCUUUGUUCUUGGAAAGAUCAUAUCUUUUUGCGCUGUUUCGGAGCGUGGAGACAUGAACUAUGCGGCCUCGGUUUUCAGCAGCAUUGAAAACGCAGAUGGUUUUCUAUGGAAUACUAUGAUUAGGGGGUUUGGAAAAACCAGGAAGCCUGAAAAGGCAUUUGAGUUUUAUAAGAGAAUGCAAGAGAAAGGAGAGGUGGCUGACAAUUUCACACUCUCCUUCUUGCUCAAGGCUUGUGGGCAAUUGGGUUCAUAUAUGUUGGCCAAACAGAUGCAUUGUGCCACUCUGAAACUUGGGCUGGAGUCUCAUGUGUUUGUGAGGAACACUCUUAUUCAUAUCUAUGGUGUGUUGCGGGAUGACCAAACUGCAACCAAACUGUUUGAAGAAAUACCUAGUCCAGAUUUAGUGGCUUGGAACACCAUCAUUGAUAGUCAUGUCAAUUGUGGAAAGUGCAAGGAAGCACUUGACUUGUUCUUACGACUGCUACAGAGCGGCGUACAGCCUGAUGAGGCCACCGUGGUUGUGACCCUCUCGGCAUGUUCUACAUUGGGGGCAUUAUAUUUUGGGAGGUGGGUUCAUUCUUGUAUUGAUCAAGUGAAUCUUGGCGAUAUUGUGACGGUGUCUAAUUCGCUCAUCGACAUGUAUGCAAAGUGUGGAGCUUUUGAAGAAGCAUAUGAGACAUUCAGUAAGAUGGAAGGGAAGAACAUAGUGUCAUGGAACACGAUAAUUCUGGGGCUUGCAACGCAUGGCCAUGAGGACGACGCUUUGGAAUUGUUCUCGAAAAUGUUGGAGGAAAAGCUUGAGAUACCAGAUGGUGUUACUUUCUUGGGAGUUUUGUGUGCUUGUAGUCAUGGAGGGAUGGUUGAUGAAGGAAGAAGAUAUUUUGAUGUUAUGAGCAAAGAGUAUCAUACUAAACCAACAAUGAAGCACUAUGGAUGCAUGGUUGAUAUGUUGGGGCGAGCUGGGUAUGUGGAGGAGGCCUACAAUUUAAUCAGGAGCAUGCCAAUGGAGUGUAAUGCCAUUGUAUGGAGGACAUUGUUGGCAGCAUGUCAGGUGCACGGUGACGUUGAGCUUGGGGAAAAAGUGAGGAGCCAUCUUUUGGAGCUGGAACCAGAUCAAGGUCAUAGCAGCGACUAUGUUCUUCUGGCUAACAUGUAUGCAAGUGCGGGCCGAUGGAACGAAGUUAUGAGUGUGAGGAAAUCAAUGAAGGACAGGGGAGUUCAAAAACCAGAGCCUGGUAAUAGCCUGGUUGGAGCAUGUUCUCAUAUGAUAUGAGGUUUGAAAUGGACUCAACUGAAGCCUGUUCUGAAGAAAUAGAUACAGCAAUUACUAUAGUUGAAAGUUGUCGCCUGUGUAAUAUACUGCUACUUAGGAGGCUUACUUAGGCAAUUUAGAGCUCAGAGAUCAUUUCAAAUGGAUAACUAUAUUGCUCAGUUCCAGCUCAAGUCUGGAAAUUUUAUUUAUAGAUUUCCAUCCAAAGUUUGUGUACUUGAUAGAUAUGGAUACAGACCAG